CAGAGGACAACAGGAGACGACAGAGGACAACUGGAGAAGAAAAGAGACAACAAGAGACGACUGAGGACAACAGGAGACGUGAGGAGACACUGGAAGAUAAGAGAAACUUGGUCGUGUGAAGAUGCUGCCGACAUCGACUCUCUACUUCCUGUUCCUCUGCUCUGACAUCAUCCACUGUACAGUGUUUCUGGAUCAACCUUCAGCAGGUCAGAUCCUGCACUCCUCCUCCUCGUCCACCAGGAGGCGUCGAGCCAACUCCUUCCUGGAGGAGAUUUUACCUGGAAACCUGGAGAGGGAGUGUUACGAAGAAAUGUGUUCCCAGGAGGAGGCGGCAGAAAUCUUUCAGACCCAAGAGACAACGCUGGAGUUCUGGUACAAAUACAUCAAUCUGAACCUGUGUCGGACAAACCCGUGUCUGAACGGAGGGAUGUGCUCUCUGAACCGAGGAGACUUCCUGUGUCUCUGUCCUCCUCAGUUCCGUGGAAAGACCUGCGAGUCAGAGACAUUGGAGUGUCGCUAUAGAAACGGAGGCUGUGUGCAGUACUGUAGGGACCAGACAGGGGGCGCUGGAGUUCAGUGUGGUUGCGCUGACGGAUUCAAACUGGAGUCUGAUGGACAGAGCUGCUCAGAGACCGUGUCGUUCCCCUGUGGUCGCCAGCAGGUGGCGGCGUGGCAUCGAGGACGCAGUCUGUGGGACAACAUCACCGCAGAGACAGAAGACGACGUCUCACACAGCUGGGACGUCAGAGUGAAUUCAACCGAGAGUCAAGAGACCAACGUGACGUCCGCAAACACCACCACUGUGAGGAGGGAGGAGCAAGGAGGGGGGUUGGGAAAACGUAUUGUGGGCGGGUCUCUGGAGAAACCAGGAAAAAGUCCUUGGCAGGUUCUGAUCCGCAGGUCUGAUGGUGUCGGGUUCUGUGGAGGAACUCUGGUUUCUGAUCGAUGGGUCGUCUCCGCUGCUCACUGCUUCGAAGAGGAUGCAGACCAUGUGACUAUAGGAGACUAUGAUAAGCAGCGUCCUGACCCAGGUGAGCAGCAGAUAAAGAUCCUGAAGGUCUAUGUCCAUCCUCACUUUCACUCGUUCACAUUCGACAGCGACAUCGCUCUGCUGCUCCUCGCCCGGCCGGCGGUCAGGAGCCCCACGGUUCUGCCCGUCUGUCUCCCCGACAGACACCUGUCCAAGUACCUGCUGAGGGACGGCCAGCAGGGGGCGGCAUCGGGCUGGGGCCUCACCCGCUUCAUGGGCAGAUCGUCGCGGUUCCUGAGGAAAGUGUCGCUCCCGGUGGUUGGUCACCAGUACUGCAGGGCGUCCACAGAUCAGGUGAUCACAGACAACAUGUUCUGUGCAGGUUACCUGGACGCAGGACUGGACGCCUGCAGCGGAGACAGUGGAGGACCGUUCGUGGUUCAUUACAGAGGAACCUGGUUUCUGACCGGCGUCAUCAGCUGGGGGGAGAAAUGUGCCGCCGAGGGGAAAUAUGGCGUUUACACCCGAGUGGGAAACUUUCUGAGCUGGAUCAGAGACGUCAUAAACAGGCAGGACGUCAACGUGACCGCGAGCUGAGACUCUCUGUGUAAAUCUGCCCUCUGCUGGUGAUAAACAGGUACUGAACUGAACCUCUACUAUUGGCUGCUGUUUGGUUCCUGGUGGUGACAUCACUCAGGAACCGUUGUAACUCAUGUGACACGUGACUGAACGACUCAGUUUCUCAUUAAUUUCCUUUAUUAAGAGUUUUUCUGUGUAAAUAUAAUAUGAUAUAAAACAUUGUGACU